AUGAGCUCUUCAUCCAGCAAAGCAACAAAGGCAACCGAACGAAAUGGGUUUAUCGUGAUCAACCGGGUCUCGCAUGCACGCUAUCUCCCUUCGCCUGCAUCUCACGCGUUUAUUUAUCCCACUUUAUCCAUCUAUGCUGAUGUCAACGCGCUCACCAAUGGUCAGCUCAGUCUUGGUAACGGUUGGCUUUUCGGAAGUGGGACGCGACCAUGGAGUCGAGUGACCAACAUCCGUCCAUCCGCAUACCUAUUGGACGAUGGGAUACAAGGGAAAACAUUGAUGGAACGCCUUCAAGACUUCUUUCGACUAAGGGGAGUGGAAU